AUGUCUGAUUUGUACAGCGAAUCGGCAAAGGUUUUGGAACAGACGAUGAAUAAACAAAAGAACAUUCGCAAUGCCGUCUAUGCCAGUGAAUUUCAGUUGGGGGAGGAUAGUACUAUGAAUAAGAAGCAAUUAUUACGUUUGUGCUGUAACACAUUACGUAAUCGACAUUAUUUGAACCAACUAAUGGAAGUGAAGGAAGUGCAUGAAUUACUGAAGAAGCCCUAUAUUAACCAAUAUUUGCUUUAUGUGUUGCUGUACGAUUAUGUUUUUGGCUAUGGGUUAAACAAUGCACGCAAACUAUAUUCGGAUGCUAUCUUAGAACGAGCUGAAUACAUCAAUAAACGACAAACUCGUCAUUGCUAUCUUUUGAAGUUGGAAACAAUGCAAGAUGCUAUUCAAAAGGCGAAAAUAGUCGUUAAACGGCCGUCAGUAAUAAGCGAAACCCCAAGAUAUGCGAGAGUUAAUACGCUGAAAUGGUCGGUUGACGAGGCCUUAAAAUGUAAUAUCUCUUUGUUUUCGCGACAAACCUUGCAAGAAGAUGGAUGGACGAUUUCAUCUCUGAAACCACAAAAUAAUGAAACAUGGUUUAGAGAUACCAUUAUCUCUAUGCCAAAAGACUAUGUUUACAUUGAUUGUCAUGUAAAAGAACUACUUAUUUUCUGCCCUUUUGUUGAUUUACAUGAUUCUUGGAUGGUUACGAAAGGAUAUCUAAUAUUGCAAGAUAAGGCUAGUUGUUUACCCAGUCAAGUUCUGGAACCGACACCGGGGUCUCAUGUUUUUGACAUUUGUGCUGCACCAGGGAUGAAAACUUCACAUCUUGCAGCUUUAAUUCAAAAUGAGGGGAAAAUUUGGGCAAUUGACCAAGCCAGUAAUCGGCUUGAUACUUUGCGUACAAUAAUUCAGAGAGCAGGUGCAACGAAUGUUAUUACUUACUGUAAAGACUUCCUUUGUGUUAAUAUAAAUGAUGUUAAAUAUAGCAAGGUGGAGUUUGCAUUACUCGAUCCUCCAUGUAGUGGUUCUGGGAUGGUGAAGCGUUUGGACUCUUUAGUUCAUGACGAAGCAAUAAACGGCAGUCGUUUGCGAUCCUUGUCAAAUUUACAGGCAAUGCUUUUGAAGCACUUAUCAAAGUUACCGAGUUUAAAGAAAAUUGUUUAUUCAACGUGCUCAAUUCAUGAAGAAGAGAAUGAAGGUGUCAUUGACGAGGUGUUAAAUGAUCCAGUUUUUAAAAAAUGUUUCUACUUGGUAGAAGCAUUACCGGAAUGGCGUCAUCGUGGUAAAACAAGCUAUCGAUUUGGCUACAAAUGCUUAAGAGCUGAACCUGAAACUGAUCUCACGAAUGGGUUCUUUGUAGCAGUUUUUAAAAGGCGCAAACCAUAA